CCCCUCCUCCCCCUGCAUCAUCCAUCUCCCCCUCCUCCUCCGCCACCCCUCCAUUUCUCUCCCCCUCUUCGCUGUUUCCCAUUCUUGAAGACUUGCUUGUGAAACGGGGAGAGAUAAACAGACAUUUAACAGAGGGGGGAAAAGGAUACAGGCACUGAUAGCGCGUUAGGAUCCAGAAAAUAUCCUCCUCCUCCCCCCCCUUUCCCCCUCGCUAUCGCUCCAUCUCCAUUCCUUGUUUUUCUUUAAUGGAUAGAAAUUAUCCUGGUGCAGGAUUCGGUGAUUUGGGCGCAGGAGCGGGAUGGAGUUACGAGAGGUCAGCGAAGGCGAGUGCUGUGGUGGGUGCAGAUUCUGGACCCCCAGUUACAGCCUGGUGUACGGAAGUACCAGGUCAUCCCACCCGGAUUCCGAGCUUCUCCAUCGCCAGGCCUACGCCACACCCCACCCCCUGCAGGGGUAUGCAACCAAUCACCACCCAGCCAGCUCUGGGCAGGGCGGGGCUUGGGGGCCAGCAGGGCGUGGUUUAGGGCUGUCAGGCCUGUUCGACGCCGGCCUGCAUCACGCCAGCCCCUCAGGCCCAGAUGCUUCCGUCAUGAACCUGAUCUCAGCCCUGGAGUCACGGGCUCCGCAGCCGCCUCCCUCCGCCUCCUCCCUACUCUCCCAGUUCCGCACACCUUCCUGGCAGACAGCCAUGCACACCCCCGCUCCCACUGAGCUCUUCAUCUCCGGUGCCCUCCCAGGCUCUGGCGGCUUUGCCUCUUCCUCUGCGCUCUCGGCGUACCAGCACCCAGCCUCCUUUUCGGGACGCUCCUUCCCCGGGGUGGCGCCCUCGCUCUCCCUCCAGGACACGCCCACCUUCAGCCCCACGUCCAAUGGCUUGCUGUCUCCCCAUGACCCUCUGCUGCACAUCAAGACGCCAUCCCAGUCUGGCCUCGGGUUCGAUCGCCUUUUGUCGUCACAGGGCGCAGCCUACAGAGGUGGGGGGCAGGACCCUACUGCACCACCUCCCCCAUCCCAGACCUCCUCUGCCCCCUCUGGCCGUCACCUGCCGCCACCCCAGUUCAACCUACUCUCCUCUCAGCUCCAAGACCAGUCCUCCCAGCUCUACAAUACCUCGGUCUUCUCGUCGGCCCCUGCCCCCCCCCAGCCACCCCCCCAGGAGCGGGCCCUGCCUCGGCAGGACAGUGUGAUCAAGCACUAUCAGCGCCCUCCCCCGUCGCAAUCCCAGCUGCCCCCAUCGGCGGCAGCCCACCCCCUGCAGCACUACCUCAGCUGCAGCGCCUCAGGCUACCAGCAGCUGGCACCCCACCGCCCUGGGGGGGGCCUGUCCUGCAGUCCACUGGGGGAGCAGAGCCCUUCCUCAGACCCCAAACCCUCGCCCCGGCAGGACCAAGGCUACCGGCCCAUCAUUCAGCCUCCCUACAGCUCUUCCUCUUCCUCCUCCUCAGCAGGUGGUGUGGGAAAGGGCACCAAGAGCUCCUCCAGCAGUGGCUAUUCCUCCUCCGGCUCGGGCUCCUCCUCCCGCACUCCCCACACACCUCCCUCUGCUUCCUCAGCAUCCUCUUCCUCAUCAUCUUCUUCCUCUGGCUCAAACCCUGCCUCUGGCCCCACCUCUGCCCCAUCUAGACAACAGGCUCCACCCCCGCCACAAGUCUCUGCAUCCACGGCUCCCCAGGCCCCACCCAAAGCCUGCCUGUCUGGCUAUGGAUCCCCAGUGCCGUCGCUCAAGGCAUCUCCAGCAGCGCUGUCCAGCCAGACACCCCCGCAGCCACAGGCGUACUCCCCCAGCCAGCCCCCUGGGCCGCACCUUGGCCCCCAACCCUAUGGGGGAUUCAGCUCCCCCCAGGCCCAGGACCUCAGUUCUGCAGGGGGGGGUGGCUCCAGCAAAGGGUACAGCACAGCGGCGGGAACAGUGGGCCGCCCGUUCUCAACGGAGGCCAUGUAUGGUGCUGACCCGGGCUACACCACCCUCCCGGCCGCACUAGGGGGAGCGGGCAGCCCAUCUCUUGGAUACGGCGGCCCCGGCCAUUCCCCGGCCAUCCUGGGGUCAGGAGGUGGCUCAGCGGGUGGGAACUCGGGGUCAGCAGGAAGCGGGGGCUCUGUGGGUGGGGGGAGCGGUGGCGGGAGCGCAGGGGGGGGUUCCUAUCAUCUGCCGGACUCCAGUCCCUCUCCCUCAAGUGGAUCUGGGAUGGCUCACCCUGGCAUGCACUCUCCUGCCCCUCCCCGUCCGGCCCAGUCCCCUGGCGGUGCCGGCAGCAAUAAGUACCUGUCCUCCGUCCUGUCCCCGGCCUUCCUCUCUUCCCCGCAGGCAUACCCUGACACCCGAGGGCCUCCACCUCCUUCGUACCACUCUGCCCCUGCCAAGACCAAGGCUGACGGGGACAUUCUGGGGCCAGAGCGGCCCCCAGACGAUGAUGACGACGACGACGACGAUGACUUCCUGAUCCAGCACCUGCUGCAGGCCCAGAGUCCAACGCCUCACUCAGCACAAGCCCCGCCUCAAGUCCCGCCCACAUCUCAAGCCCCGCCUCCACUGCCAGGCUCACAGAGCCAAGAUGGCAGCAAAGAACUGGCAUAUAAACUGAGCAAGAGCUCAGAAGAACGGUAUCACCUUCAGAGCGUGAUACGUACCAAUAGCGCCACCUCUGGUGCAGGGGCCUCAUCUGGUGGGAAUGGCGGGCUCGAUGGCCAGUUGGAGAUGUCCAUGAAGAAGCAGCAGCAGACCAAGAGCGACAGAGGUGGGGUUGGCAUGGGCAGCCGAGGAAGGGGGGGUGAUCAGGUGCACCCUCAGGCUCACCCCACCCCACCCCACCACCACCAUCCCCAUGACUCCCUGGGCUCUGUGGUGCACUUUGGGCGAGGGGACCCCUAUUCUCCGCACCCCCACGGCCAUCACGCCUCGCACAGUCAGCGGCCACAUCCCCAUCCACACCCUCACCUGGAGCAGAAGAAGCCACACGACCCCCCUGAACUGCCGUAUCUGAGCAAAACACCUGACAUGCAGCCUCCGCAUCAGGGCCAGCACCAGCCCCCGGCAUCUCUGCAGCUCAUGGAUUCCCCCCCAGAUGCCCCCCAGCAGGCAGCCUCUGCUCACUUGCUCCACUCAGUGCUGUCCCACACGGCCCGCGGCAAGGUGGACGGUGCGCACCACUCAAUGAUGGGUGGGGCUCCAGCAGGGGGCACCACAGAGUCCCAGCUGCAGCUUCAGUCACAGGGUUUGGAGGCGCACUAUAGUCGUGGGGGCCCGCGGCACCGGAACCCAUCCAGCCAGAACUCGGUGUCCCCCCUGGACAUGCUAGAGCGCUCUCUGUCUCAGACAUCAAGCAGGGAACCGGGUGGUGUGACAGAGAGGGCAGAAGAUGGUGCCGGUGGGGAGCGACACCACCAGCAGCAGCAGCACAUAGGGCCCGCCCACCACCACGGCCACGCCCCCCCGCACACAGAGUUGCACGACUUCCUCUCCGAACCUGAUAUGGGCUUGGUCCCCCCACCUCACCUGCACCAUCUGCCUCCACACCACCCACAUGCUCACCCCCAUCACCAGCAGCACCCCCAGCCCCAUAACCCCCACGCCCAUUCCCACCCCCACCGCAUACCCCUGAACCCUGCCCCCCCAGCACAGAGAGACCAGGACUCCCAGCUGGACCAGCUCAAAGAGCACCAGUUUGAUAGUGGUAGCCCUGCUGGGAAGUCUGGUCAGAGCCAGCAGCGCUUCAUGGCCCUUUCCUCCAUCUGCUUCCCGGACUCACUGCUGCCAGAUGAGGAGCGCUCCUUCUUCCCCAGCAUGGAGGACAUGUUCUGCCCAGAGGACUAUAAGGCCGGCUGCAGCAGGGGGGCGGCCCCUGGGCAGCCGGGGCAGGAGGGCAUUUCGGAGGGACGCAGCACACAGGAGAGCAUGGAGGGGGUGAAGGCGGGGGAGGCUGGCGGUGGCUAUGCCAUGAUGCAGCACCAUGGAGACCAGGGGUACGGGCCAUACUGCCCUGGGCUACCGGAACCCGAGACCAGCACCGUGCACCUGGACUUGGACUCACUGAAGGCUCAUGAGCUGCCCUCCACCGUUAACACGGAGCAGCUGGGUUUGAUCCAGUCACAGCCGGCCAGCUUGUCCAUGGGUGGGUCUGGGACCGGGCCGGGUGACGCCGGAGGGACUAAGAUGCUGGGAGGCACGGGGACAGAGCGGACCGCUGGGGGCAGCGGCGGGCUCACCUCGCCCAUCUUCUGCUCAUCACGGCCCAAGAAGCUGCUGAAGACCAGCUCGUUCCAGCUGCUAAAGCAGAGGCGCGACCCCAGCUCUCUGCCCAAGAAGCACUACGCCCAGGAGUAUGAGUUUGAGGACGAUGAGAACAAGGCUGACGUGCCUGCUGACAUCCGUCUCAACAGCCGGCGCCUGCCAGGGCACCUUCCCGACCUCCUGCCAGACCUGGUGUCCAGCUGCAGGAAGUCUGGUGCCGGCGCCUCCCUGGUGAGCGAUCUGGAUUUCUGCCAUCCGCCUGGGUACCCGUCCCUGGGGCCCCCUCCCCAGCUUAUACCCCAAGGCGGACCAAAGAAAAGGGGCAGGAAGCCUACCAAGCCAAAACGGGAGGGGCCCCCGAGGCCCCGAGGCAGACCCCGCAUCCGCCCCCUCCCAGAGCCCCCCCACUGCCGGGGCAUGAUGGGACUGGGCUCGGGGCCAGGGGGAGAGAUUCGGCGGGGCAGGGGGAGGGGCAGAGGGCGAGGCAGGAAGGAGGAGACGGCAGCCAUGAUGGACAUGCACGGUGUGGCUGAGGCGAAUAAAGGGAAUAGCCAGCAUUAUCAACUUCAUCAGCAUCAACAUCAGCAGCAUCAGCACCAAACAGCGAUGCAGCAGGAGCCCAUCAGACCCAUAAAGAUCAAACUGCCCAUCGCUUCCAUGCCUCCCUCCGACUCCCUAUUAAGGACCGAUUCUCUGUCCAGUAAUGACCCGGUUCUUUCUGAUGGUUCUGUUGGAUCUGCUCCAUCCCUGGGCUUGAGCCCUGGGCCCACUACUGGCCUGGACCUGAACAGAACCCAAGACAAAAUGAAGUCCAAGUCCCAAGAGAUUGUGUGGGAUGGAGACAUGGAUGAGGAGCUCCCCUCCGAGGCCUGGGCAGCCAUGCACAAGAUGUCCAGCACGGUGGAGGAGAAGCCACCAGAGAUGAAGUCUGGAUUCAUGGCCUCCUUUCUGGACUUCCUCAAAUCCGGCAAGAGGCCCCCAGACUCCGGAGCUCCAUCCGAUACUGUAGCCUCUGUAAUGGGCACCGACUCCUCCCCGAGUAAGGGUGGCAUCCGGCCACUGUCCCCCACGAUGACGCCGCAGCCUGUGCCCCCAUUUGGUGAUGGGGAUGGUGAGGGGGGGCUGUCCCUGGGUGGCUGUCCGAGCCCCUGCAAGCGGCUGGACGAGGAGCUAAAGCGGAACCUGGAGACACUGCCUUCCUUCUCCUCCGACGAGGAGGAUUCUGUCAGCAAGAAUCAAGACCUACAGAAGAGCAUCUCCUCCGCCAUCUCUGCCCUCUAUGACACCCUGCAGCCCCCGCCCCCAGCGAUGGUCCUGCCCGUCACACCUUCCCCGAGCACACCGCCGGCACAGGCCCCGCCCACCCUCAGCCCACAGCCGCCGCCACGGGGCAGCGCCCAGCCCCUGGAGCCCGCACAGCUCGAGCGGGAAGAUGUGGGGGAGAUGGCAGAGGAAGACAAGGAGGAAGAACAGGAGGAAGAUGAACAGGAAGACAGCAAGCCAGUCCAGGAGGACGAGAGCAAAUCAGCAGCCAAUACGAUGGACGGACAUGAUGAAGACGAUUUCCCAUCUGCGCCUCCUGCAGCGCCGGCUUCUGCCCCUACCUCCCCCCCAUCCCUGUCCCCAUCUCGCCCAUCGUCAUCCUCCUCAUCCUCUCCUUCCCCCCUUCCUCCCCCUCCCCUUUCUCUGCCCUCCCCCCUUCCCCGACAGGACGAAGCUCGUUCUCUGCCCUCCAGCCCCCCCCCUCCCGCUCUGCCAUCUCCCUCCCCUCCCCCACCCACGCUCCCUCCAUCUGCAACUCCGCCCCGGUCUACCUCGCCACCCCCAGCCCCAGAGCCAGCCUCACCUCCGACCCCAGAGGACCCCCCCGUGCCCCAGAUCACCUCACUACACCUAGCCAAAAAGCAGGCGGGCGCUGCCAUAGCUGGAGAAACGGAGGGCGAGGACAGCGAGAGCGGCGGCGAGGGCAUAUUCCGUGAGAGGGAUGAGUUUGUGGUCCGAACUGAAGACAUUAGUGCCCUCAAGCUCGCUCUGCAAACUGGCCGGGAACCUCCACCAAUCUGGAGGGUGCAGAAAGCCCUGCUGCAGAAGUUCACGCCUGAGAUCAAAGAUGGACAGCGACAGUUCUGUGCCACCAGCAACUAUCUUGGGUACUUUGGGGAUGCAAAAACUCGCUAUCAGAGGCUCUAUGUGAAGUUCCUGGAAAACGUCAACAAGAAGGACUACGUGAGGGUGUGUUCCCGAAAGCCCUGGCACAGACCCGCGUUAGCACUCAGACGCCAGUCCCUCCCCAAGCCAGCUGCCCCGGCCCGUAGCCAAACCCCACCCCGUGUGGAGAGAGAGGAAAAGGAGAAAGAGAAACAGCGGGAGAAGGAGAAAGAGAGGGAGAGGGAAAAGGAGAAAGAAAAACAGCGGGAGAGAGAGAGGGAAAAGCGGGAGAGGGAGAAGGAGAAACAGCGGGAAAGGGAGAAGGAGAAAGAGAGGGAAAAGGAGAAAGAGGAGGAGAGAGAGAAUGAGAAAGAGAAGAAACUGGUAGCACUCCCAGAGAAAGUAGAAAAGAGAGGUAGAGGAGUAGAACGAGGCAGAGCGAAGGAAGACAGGAAAGGAGGAGGGGAAAGGAAAGUGGAGCGCCCGGCACGCGUCCGACCCGUCAGGGUGAAGGCGGAGCCCCCGCCCAAGAAGAGGAAGAAGUGGCUGAAGGAGGUUCUCUCCUCGUCAGACUCCGAGUCGUCCCCUGACCCCCCCAGCGAGGACGAUGCGCCGCUGCUCAGGGGGGGACCCGGCAGCCGCGCCAUGCGGGAGAUGUUCCGCAGCUACGUGGAGAUGCUGGUCAGCACUGCGCUAGACCCCGACAUGAUCCAGGCCCUGGAGGACACGCACGACGAGCUGUACCUCCCACCGAUGAGGAAGAUUGACGGCAUCCUGAAUGAGCAGAAGAGGAGGCUGCUCAGGAGGGUCAACAUGAGCUCGCAGCACCAGGAAGCCCUGCACUGCUUCCCCCAGAUGACAGCCGACCCCCUGGACGCGGGAGCUGUGAGGGUUCGCCUCGGUGGCGACGGCUACAACCGCAAGACCCUGAACCGCAUUAAGAGGAGCGUCGGCAAGCAGCAGGACCUUAAGCUGUCGACAGAGACGUGUCGCAUCUACAGCCUGUAUCACUCGCUGCAUCAUUACAAAUACCAUACGUUCCUGCACUGUAAGAGAGAGACGGAUAGCAUCGAGCAGGCGGCAGAGGACCCCGGGCAGGAGGAAGUGGUGCAGCAGUGCAUGGCCAACCAGGGCUGGCUGGAGAGCCUCUUCAACUCCUUCCUGGAGCUGCUCACCCUCAGCGCCAAGGUCUGAGGGCUCCGGCCGGGAGCAGGGCAUGAGGAAGGGGACCCCGGGAAGGGCAGUUAGACAUUUUCUCCACCUUAUCCCCAACAGGGCUGUGGCCUGUAAAUAAUAAAUGUCUCCCCAGCAUCCCGUUAGCAAAGGGCCCGAUCGUGGCUCUGGGGAUGUGGGGGGGUGGGGAGGGAGGGAGAAGGGCCCUGUCUGUGAGCACUGAGCCAUCCUGGUCAGGGUGCAGACACUCCUACGAAGGGGCCUGGACUGAGACCAUGGCAUGCACCACUGCGUUUGUCCUGAGGGGGGCGACAGUGUGUCAGACGGAUGAAGGAGUGGGAAUGUCACCUGAGAUGGUGAUUUGGAUGGAGCUCAUGGCUGUGAAGAGUUUGGCGUGAUCUUUAUACAGGCAUAGGCAGUUAGUGAUGUUAUAUAUGAACAAAUUUUAAAAAGUAUAUAUAUAUAUAUGUAUGUAUAUGUAUGUGUGUGUGUAUA